AAGCAGACUGAGAUGCUUUUUACAGGUGAACCACUGAAACGUUAUUGGGAUGCAAUAAACAACCACUUUGUACACAUGAAGAAGUAAUUAUUACAGAAGAGAUUCAUUUAAUACGAUUGCUUAGUUCCAUUGAAGCCGUGUCAAUCAUUUGCACUAUUUCAGCAUCAUCUUUAGGUCCUUCCAGCUGCUGUGCUGUGGGCAGACUGACGCAGAGAGAAUCAUGAUUCUGCUGACUCCAUCCUCUGGUAAGUGCUUAUUGCUGGAUGCCCCUGGACAAAUGUGCAUGACAUGGUUGUGAUUCUCUGUCAACACUAGAGCCGAGGCCUGGUAAGAAUCAUGCAAAACCGGUGUCGGUUUAUUUUUUUCACAACUUAGAUCCGUUUUUUUUCUUGUACUUAUACUAGCUUAGAGUUAUAUAGCAAGUUGUCAACUAUUAAAUUAUAGAGUGGAUGAUACAUAGUUACUCAUCAGAAUUAAAUCUAUAAUCAAAUGUUAAUGCAGGUUGUAUGUGAUUAGGUAGAAUAUAAUGCUACGAUAAUAUCUUGUUUUUGAAAUGAUUUUUCAUCAUUUUUGUAAUAGAAAAUUAUUUCUCAGUUAGUGGGAGCAUGACGUUUUUUUAAAUGUACAUAUUCCAUAAUUUCCCAGUUGUGAAAUUUGCCCCCCCUCGUCUUAAUAGGUAGACAUCCUGGGCCUGUAUUCACAGAGCGUCUCAGAGUAGGUCCCCCCUGUCUUAUUGCUUAUGAUCUAAAAGGCUAAACUGAUCCUAGAUCAGCACUUCUACUCUGAGACACUGUGAAUAUAAGCCCAGAAAUAUAUAAACUUAAAAGUGUGAAUGUAUCUGGCUCUGGCUUGAUACUUGGUGGAAUUUAUCAGUGGUGAGACAGUAUUGACUGGCCGGAUUAGGAAUCAGACCUGGCGAAUCCUUUCCAUUGAGUUAUGAAACACAAGCUGGCACAUUUUUUUAUUUUUCCGGAAGAGUCGCUAACUGGGUCAAUAUUUCAAUAUUUUUUUAAAUAUUUGUUGACAUUCUAGGCAAACAGACAAAGAUUAGUGGCAGAUACUGUAAAUGUAUCUGCUUAUUGAUUCGCCAUAGUGUACUAUUUGGGGUUUUCUGGUUAGGUUGUCGAAAGCCAAGUAAUGUAAAAUGUAAAUCAGAAAUGAGAAGCAUGCUUGUCAAGUGAACUUCUUAAAAGUUGUUGUUGGCUUGUGCUAUGUCUCAUACACUGUUUUCUUUCAGAUGAAGAGUCUCUUGAACUCGACUGGCUUUGGAAUCACACGAAGUUCUGUGUGCAAAACAGAAUAGUAGGAACAUGACUUUAACCCUUUUUCACGUACAGACGUUAGUUUGUUAGACUAUUUUAGUUUUAAAAAGGGUUUCUAUGGUAACUUUUUAUAUGUUUAUUUUAUGUAGAGGUAUAUGGGUCUUUGUCGGCAGAGAAUACUCUCUUGGCUACUUUUAUCACCUCGGCUUAUUAACUUCUGUGUGAAAUCCAAACUCCAUAGCGAAGCCACAGACACUCAAGAACAAAGAUCCCUUUGUUUGCCUUCUUUGAAAACCCUCAGCAUUGCAAGGACAAAAAACAACCCUGGCCAUAGUGAAGUAUCUAGCGUCACUGGACCUUCCAGCUUUUUAAGUAAGAUAACCUAUCUAUGAUGCCUUUUAAUGCUUCAAGAUUCUGGCAUCAUUAAUUCAAUGAAAGUCAAAUUAAAUUGCCCUUACACUCUUCGAUUACUUUAAUAACCGUAAUGGUGGAAUUACACUGUAUUACACUGAUAGGAACUUUGAUAUAACAAUACUUGGCUUUCACAUAACAAAUGUAUAAGGAAAUUAUGUAAUUACUAUGAAAUUUCCACAAAAUACAAGCUAUGAAAAAAAACCAGAACAAGCAAACUGCUAUUGACCCUUUUUAAAAGCUACCCAUCCAUGUGAACAUUGCUGUCAUGUCCUUUGUCAUUGUUCCAGGUCACUGUUUUGCCAGUCAACUAGCCUAAUUAAUCAACAGCCCAGUAGACUCAUUAUCUCUUAUACUAUUUGUGGACAGUCCCUUACUAUAGUAUAGUACCAUGUGUGGACAGUCACUUACUCUCUCCCCACCAGCCUGUCUCAGCUAUACAUGCACUAUAUAUUUGCUGAAUAAGUAUUCCGUGUGGCAAUGACUAUGAGAAUAUUAACACUACCAAAUGAUGGUUACUGUACAUACUGUGCCAGCCCCUAUUCUGAAAAGUGGAUUAGUCUAUCGAAUGGUGGGUCUCCAAUAAACUUACAUACUUCUUGGUAAGUGCUACUACUUUUUAUUAGCUACAUGAAUCAAUCUUGCAUAGGUUUGUAAAUAAUGUACAAUUUGUAUAUAAAAAAUGAAGUUUCUUUGCAAAUGUUCAUUCUUUGAUAACAAAUACAUUAUUUAAUACUGUGUAACAACUAUAUAUUUUUUUUGAAGCACAACCUAAACCACUUGUGAAUUUUAUUUAGGUUCUCGCCUAUACUUGAAAUCUGCUGGUUACUAGUACUACUGUAGGUUGGAUGCUGUACAGUAGGUUGGGUGCAUGAGGUUUCUUCCAGCGCACCAAUAAGCUAUUUCUAAGCGAGCAGGCCACGGGUGUCCAGCUCAAGGAGUUUGUACGCAAAAAUGCAGCCAAUGCUCUGUCUAUGGCCAACAUGCUCAUGGGCAUGGCCUCUAUUCUCUGCAGCCUGAACGGCCACCAACAUGCAGCCUGCUGGCUGGUCCUGAUUGGCUACCUGCUGGAUUUGGCAGAUGGGGCAGUUGCCAGGCGACUGGAUGCAUGCUCUCCACUAGGUGCUAAACUGGAUGAUUUUGCAGAUUUCACAACCUUUGGGAUUGCAACAUCAUUGCUCCUGAGGACACAUGCCUUAAUGGACAACAUCCUGUGCAUGUGCUAUGUCCUGUCUGUGUUUGUCCGCCUCUGCUUCUUCUCCAGCGGCAUCCCCUUCAUGUACCGUGGCCUGCCAUGUAUCUACUCUUCUGCCAUCCUGGCCUGUCUCUCCCUACUGACCGGAGGUAACAUGGUGAUCCUGCGUGUCACUGCUGUGGCCAUGAUCCUCUUCAUGGUCAACCAGGGCUUCUACCCUCACGACAGGGUCCUGGAGUCACAGGCCUGGAAGAAGGUGGUCUACGCUGGAGGAGUUGUCAUGGUGUUCUGUUCCUCUUUCUCUCCGGCAUGUGUGUACUACCUGUUGUGGUCUGUCUCCUACAUUUUGUUCCCAACAUCUCUUUGGAGUUGCAAAGUGUAGUAGGAGUUAAAGGCCUUGCUCCAAACUCACACAUGGCUUGUCAACAGGCCGUCCGGCGGGGUUAACUAAAGCUCCCAGACUGCUGCUGCUAGCUAUCCACAGCGGAUCGAAAAAGGACGUAAGAGGACGUUUUAAUGUUUUUGUAAGAUUUAACUGCCUUUUUCAUCAUGACCACUUGAUGGAUAAUGUAAUGUACCUUAGCCAUUUUGUUUUUGAUUAAUACAGUGUUUGAAUGUCUAGUUAUGUUUUUACAAUACAAUGGCAGAAUUGUACUGUA